GAAAAAGGGUCACCAAGUUUACCUACACCUACCUACCAUCCAAAACUUCAUUCAAUGUCGCUCACCACCAUCACCACCGCUCAAUAAAACACAACGCACAUUACACACACACACACUCUCUCUCUCUCUCUAACUAUUCAAUUUGCUCACCGUCUGUGUUCAUCAGUCCACAGAGUUGAGUGAUAUCAGCUUUGUGGUUUUGAGGCAUAAAUAAAAGCACCCAUCCUCCUAUUUUCCUCUCCGAGGCCUUGUAUUUGCUUCAGAAACCCAAAUGGGUGGUGAUGGGAAGGUCUUCACUUUGGCUGAAGUCUCCGACCACAACACUUCCAAGGACUGUUGGCUUAUUAUCAGUGGCAAGGUGUACGAUGUGACAAAGUUCUUGGAGGAUCAUCCUGGUGGAGAUGAGGUUUUGUUGUCGGCAACAGGGAAGGAUGCAACUGAUGAUUUUGAGGAUGUGGGUCAUAGUGAUAGUGCCAGAGACAUGAUGAAGGAAUUCUACGUAGGAGAGAUUGAUGCCACAACCAUCCCGAAGAAGACGACUUACACGCCGCCAAAGCAGCCUAAUUACAAUCAUGACAAGACGUCCGAGUUCAUCAUCAAAAUUCUGCAGUUCCUAGUUCCCCUUGCAAUAUUGGGUUUGGCUGUUGGCAUCCGCUUCUACACCAAAGCUGCUUAAGUUUCUAGUAUUAGGUGAUGUCCAUUCAUGCCUACAAUUUGACACUUCUUCAUUAUCUCUCUGUUGUUGGUUCCGAGUUGGGAUUAGAUCUAAAUGGGAUUUACUCUUUUCUUUUCCUAGAAUUAUGAUAUGACCUUAAUUCAUCCGUUUCAGUCAAACAGGAAUAUAAUUGGAUAUUAUGUUUGUACUUUCUUCA